AUGGAGCCACUAAGAUCUACUAAAGCUGCUAGAGCUGCAAGCGACUACGGCCAGCUCCUCAACACCUACGGUACAGAAUUCAAGAUCCCAGAUUUCACCAUCAAACAAAUCCGCGAUGCAAUCCCCUCCCACUGCUUCGAGCGCUCCCCUCUCCGCGGUUUCGCCUACAUCUUGCGCGACAUCGCCCUCCUAGCCACAACCUUCUACCUCUUCACAACCUACAACACCCCAGUCCACAUUCCCUCCAUCUCCAUACGUUUCUUCCUCUGGGCACUCUACGGCUUCAUCCAAGGUCUCUUCGGCACCGGCCUGUGGGUCCUCGCCCACGAAUGCGGCCACCAAUCCUUCUCCCCCUCCAAAACGCUGAACGACACCACGGGCUGGAUCCUGCACUCCGCCCUGCUGGUCCCCUACUUCUCCUGGAAGAUCUCGCACGGGAAACACCAUAAAUCCACGGGGCACAUGGAGCGCGACAUGGUCUUCCUGCCGAAAACACGCGAGAUCUAUGCGUCUCGGAUCAGGAGGGGAGUCCACGAACUGCACGAGUUGACGGAGGAGGCGCCGAUCGUUACUGCCUUGGUGCUAUUCGCUCGCCAGCUGAUCGGGUGGCCGCUGUAUCUUCUGCAGAACAACACCGGCCAUAAUUUCCACUCGCGACAGACGGAGGGAAGAGGCAAGGGGAAACGGAAUGGGCUUGGAGGCGGCGUGAAUCAUUUCAGUCCCUCGAGUCCGUUGUACGAUGCCAAAGAUGCGAAGUAUAUCGCGCUCAGCGAUCUCGGGCUGGGCCUGACGGCAAUUUUCCUGUACGAGAUGGCGCAGUGUUAUGGCUGGGGAAAUGUUGCCCUGCACUACUUCCUGCCGUAUCUGUGGGUGAACCACUGGCUUGUCGCCAUUACUUAUCUCCAACACACCGAUCCCACGCUGGCCCACUACGGCGCGCAAACUUGGAAUUUCACUCGCGGUGCCGCCGCAACCAUCGAUCGCGAGUUUGGCUUCAUCGGCCGCUCCCUUUUCCACGGCAUCAUCGAAACCCACGUUCUCCACCACUACGUCUCGACAAUUCCGUUUUAUCACGCUGACGAGGCGACGGAGGCCAUCAAGCCUGUCAUGGGGGAGCAUUACCGGUCAAAUACUCAGGAAGGAUCGGUGGGAUUUUUGAAGAGCUUGUGGCUUAGCGUGAGGUGGUGUCAGUGGGUCGAGCCGAGCGAGGGCGCCGAGAAGCUGGGGAAAGAUAUUUAUUUCUAUCGAAAUCGGAAUGGGCUGGGCGUCAAACCAUUGAAGAUAGAGAAGAAGGUAAAUUAA